UUUCAUGGGUGUGGCAAGUACACCUUUAAGAGGCCUCCACAGGCCUAAGUUUCUACCAGACAACACACCAAGAGGAAAUAAAUUUUCCUGCAAUUUGGAUUCAAGAAACCUGGUAGUCAACAAACGUCUAUUAAAAGCCACCAUCUGUAUUUGUGUAUGGUCCUUUGGAGAAGAUAGUUUUGGUAUUUCCAUAGACCAAGGUGGCCAUGUGUGCACAUGCAGGUAAACUUCUACUGCACCCAUCCUGAAGGGCGAAAGUGAUAUAGGCAGCUAAACAGAUGACGAAAAGGUUUUAUGCUUGUGACCCAAUCAGAGCCCUUCUAUGGUACAUACUUCUCCUCAAGGUGCCUCAAGAUCAAUACAAAUUUUGAUUCAGGGUCCUACCUUCCACCCAGCCUGAAUGUAGCAGGUUUUCUGCAUUAGUGGCUCUCAUUCCUUGGGCUGAAUCUCCAAUCUCUGCUCUCCCAUUCCUGAGUUCUUGCCUUCCCUUAACCAUGUAACUAUAGCUGGCUAAAAUGAGUGUAGACUGUACCCAGUUAGGAGGAGAGCAGUUUGCACCUCACUGCUGCCCUGCCAUGAUACUGAACCCUUUCUUUGUAGCAGUGGUGGUGGUCUUUGCUAGUGCUGUCACCAGCUGCCCUGUUCUGUGCACAUGCCGCAACCAGGUUGUGGAUUGCAGUGGACUUCGGCUCUAUUCUGUGCCACCAGAUCUUCCAUUGGAUACAAGAAACCUCAGCCUAGCACACAACCGCAUCACUGCCAUUCCUCCUGGAUAUCUAACAUGCUACUCUGAGCUGCGGGUGUUGGACUUGCGAAACAACUCACUUUUUGAGUUACCCAUUGGACUGUUCUGGACAUCCAAACGCCUGUCUCAUUUGGAUCUGAGCUACAAUAAUUUCAGCCAUGUGGUGGCAGAUAUGUUCAAGGAAGCCUACAGUCUAGUGCAUAUUGACUUGAGCCACAAUCCUUGGCUGAGAAAGGUGCACCCUCAGGCUUUCCGAGGUCUGGUCCAACUUCAGAACCUUGAUCUCAGCUAUGGGGGUCUCUCAUUCCUCAGCCUGGAAGCUCUAGAGGGCCUCACAGGUUUGGUGACUCUUCAAAUUGGAGGAAAUCCCUGGGUAUGCAGCUGUACCAUGGAGCCACUGUUGAAGUGGUUGAGAAAUAGGAUCCAGAGAUGCAUGUCAGAUACUCAGCUGGCUGAGUGCCGGGCACCCCCUGAAGUAGAGGGAGCCCCUUUGGUUUCUCUGACAGAAGAGAGCUUCAAGGCCUGCCACCUGACCUUGACAUUGGAUGAUUAUCUCUUCAUUGCCUUUGUGGGCUUUGUGGUCUCCAUCGCUUCAGUCGCCACCAACUUCCUACUAGGCAUCACUGCCAACUGUUGCCAUCGUUGGAGCAAGGCGAGUGAGGAUGAGGAGAUAUAGCCACAUGGCCUGAUCCUUCCUGCUUCUGCAUUGCCCACAGUCAGGGGGAAGCCAAGGGCUAUCAAGUUCAGGGAAAGAAGAUUGCUUGUCUUUGCCCUGCUCUGCCAUUUUCUUGAGCCUUCCUCUCACCAACCCCUGUAUGGCCGCACAAGACUGCCAUUCAUCAGUCGUUCUUUUCAGGGGUGAGGAGCUGGGCCAGCAAGGGUAGGGAGACUGAAGUGUGCCUUGUACAAUCCUCUUCACACUGGAAACAGCCAGCGAACCAUGGCCUGAAAAGCGACAGAAAUACAUCAGUGGAUGCUUCAAACCAUUCUUCAUCCAUUGCCUUCCCCACCCCUCUUUACAUACACACGUACACACAACAUACUAACAUGCAUCUGUUGCACCUUUCUAAGUGAAUGCCUUGAACACAGAGUCAUGAUAAAUAGACACACAGAUCCACACUUACACACAUGCUGUGCCUGACCACAGGCAUCCAAUGGAAGAACAAAUGUUCCCUUUUGGGAAACAUGAGGU